AUGAAGUGCUUCCGGAGUUUGGUUUGGGCCGUGUGGCUCAUCCUGUUCGUGUGUCGCAAAGUGUCCGGUUUUGGUCUGCAGAAAAAUCAAGAGGACACCAACUUGACGGUCGGGAACUUUAUCGACUUUACGCGCUGGCUCGGUAUCGACUACGGUCAGCCGAAGCUUCGCAAACGCUACGACUACGUGAUCGUCGGAGCGGGUCCGGCCGGUUGCGUGCUGGCCGCCCGGCUCACGGAAGAUCCGCACCGGACGGUGCUCCUGUUGGAAGCGGGCCGACCCGAGAUGCCGCUCGCGUCCGACGUCCCCCUGUCGGCACCGAACCUCCAGUCUACGGACUACAACUUUGCGUACGAAACCGAAACCCAGGAGCGGGCCUGCCUCGGGCUGUGGGACCGCAAGUGCAGUUGGCCGCACGGGCGCGGUGUCGGAGGCUCGUCGAUCAUCAACUACAUGAUCUACACCCGGGGCAAUCGGCGCGAUUACGACGCGUGGAGCGCGGCCGGCAAUCCGGGUUGGAGCUGGGACGAGAUGCUACCGUACCAUAUCCGCUCGGAGCGGGCCAACAUUCGCGACUUCGACCGCAACGGAUUCCACGGUCGGGCCGGGCCGCUGUCCGUCGAGGACUGUCCUUUCAGGUCAAAGAUAGCGACGACGUUCGUGGCGAGCGCUCAACAGGCUGGCUACCGGUACCUGGACUACAACGCCGGCGAUCAGAUCGGUGUGUCGUUCCUGCAGGCCAACACUCAGCAGGGUCGGCGGGUAACCAGCGGCACCGCCUAUCUGGUUCCCGCUAGGAAGCGCCCCAAUCUGCACAUCGUAACCCGGGCCUGGGUGACGAAGGUUUUGAUCAACAAAGCUACCCGUGAGGUCACCGGAGUGACGUUCAUUCGCGAUGGAGCCACACGGACGGUUAAAGCCCGUCGGGAGGUGAUCCUGUCGGCGGGCGCUUUCGAGAGCGCCAAGCUGCUAAUGCUCUCCGGGAUCGGCCCGGCGGACCACCUGCGGUCGCACGGAAUCGCGGUCUUGCAGGACUUGCCCGUUGGCGAGAUUCUGUACGAGCAUCCGGGCGUGUUCGGGCCAGUGUUUCUCGUGCGCCGCCCGAUCGACAACUACGUCCGGUUGGAGGACAACCUGAACCUGGGCACGUUCCUGCAGUACGUCAAGGGGCGCGGUGUCUUCACGACAAACUCGGUCGAAAGUCUGAUGUACGUCAAAUCCCCGGUGGCCGAAAGUCCCGACCCGGGCCUACCGGAUGUGGAGGUGAUGCAGGCGUUUUCGUCGAUCGACUUCGACACCGGCACCGGGACGCCGCGUGCCUUUCGGCUUACCAACGCCACGUUCGACGGGUACUUCCGGCCCAUCAUGAACGUUCGGUCGUUCCAGUAUCUGCCAAUGCUGCUGAAACCGCGGACCCGCGGCAAGCUGCGCCUCAAGUCUACCAAUCCGUUCCAUCAUCCGGUGUUCCGGUAUCAGUACUUCGAGGACGACCGUGAUCUGGAGGCGCUGGUUUACGGCAUGCAGGAGGCAAUCCGUGUGACCGAGCAGGCCCCGUUCCGGCGGCUCGGUGUCGAGCUGUACCGCCGCCCUGUGCCCGGCUGCGAGGAAUUCCCGUUCGGGACGCACCAGUACUGGCGGUGCCACGUGCAAACGCUGACCGCUACCUUCCACCAUCAGGUGGCCACCUGCAAGAUGGGACCGGCGGACGAUCCCGAGGCCGUCGUCGACCACGAACUGCGGGUGUAUGGGGUGGCCAGGUUGCGUGUCGUCGACAUCGGGGUCGUCCCGUUUCCGCCGACCGCUCACACGGCCGCCGUCAGUUUCGUGAUCGGCGAAAAGGCGGCCGAUCUCAUACGGGAAGCCGAACGACGCGGUGACCACGGUGCCCGAAACAAACCGGCAGACGUACCGGCUGCGAACGGAACAUUCCUCUGGUCCGCACCCGAUUGGCCAUUUUAA